CCAAGCCUUUCUCAUUCCUUUCACCCACACUCACUCACUCACUGCUUGCAGCUGGUCCAUUCUCUUCUCGCUAUCCAACAGUCAACAUACCCAGGAGGUUCUCGACAUUCUUUUUUCCUGACUACGUCGCCAUCAACGCAGACGCAAUUUUGAACAACCGCCCUCGCACCACGGUAUCUCGACUUUUCACGCUCACUUUCCUUGAGGAGAACAACAUCACUUCAAACCAACAACAACGUCAACGACAUCAACCGCCAACAUGAAGUACUCUACCGCUGCCAUUGUUGCCGCCCUCGUGCCUUCUGCCUACGGCCACUACUUCUGGAACCGUCUCAUCGUCAACGGCGUCGAGACGGGCGACAACGAGUUUGUCCGCAAGACGACCCGCCCUACCGCCUACAACCCCAUCAAGUGGAAGAAUGUCCGCGACAACUCGACCCCGGACCUCGAUGACAUCCGCUGCAACCAGGGCGCCUUCAGCUCCGCCGCGUCCACCAAGACCAAGGAAGUUGCCCCUGGCGACAACGUGGGCUUCAAGCUGGCCGUCGGCGCGACCAUGCAGCACCCGGGGCCAGCGCUGGCCUAUCUGUCCAAAGCGCCCUCGACGGCGAGCACGUACCGCGGCGACGGCGAAUGGGUCAAGAUCUGGGAGACGGGCGUCUGCGACACCAGCAAGGACUUUACCAAGGACGCUUGGUGCACGUGGGACAAGGAUCGGGUCAGCUUCGACCUUCCCAAGGAUCUACCCAACGGCGAGUACCUUCUCCGCAUCGAGCACAUCGGUCUGCACGGCGCCCACGACGGCCAAAGCGAGUUCUACCCCUCGUGUGCCCAAAUCAAGGUCGUUGGCGGCACCGAUGGCGGCUCCCUGGGCUCUGGAAUUAAGCUCCCCGGCGGCUACAAGCAGACCGACCCGUCCUUCAACUUCAGCCUGUGGAACGGCUACAAGCCGUACCCCAUGCCCGGCGGUCCCAUGUACGCCGGUGUCCAGGGUGGUGAGGGCAGCGGCAACGACACUGCUCCCGCCCCGACUGCUGCUCCCACCGUCAGCGCCCCUGCUACUACGGCCGCCCCGACUACUCUGCAGACUGCCACCCAGGAGCCCGGCAACACUGCCCCGACCAGUACGCCUGCUCCUCCUCCCAGUGCUCAGGUCCCUGGCACGGGCGCGCCUGCUCCGGCCCCGGCUCCGGCUCCCGUCCCCAACUGCCCCAACGCUCCUCGCCGCAAGAGCAAGCGUUCCCGCAAGGCUAAGAAGGCCAAGAAGGCCCAGCUCAACUAAGCUCGCCUGGACUACGGUCCCAUCCGUUGACAGGGUGGCAAACUCGCCGCAUGUACCAUAUUCCCCUUCUGAGACCUGGGUCUGCGAGGGGGCCAAAAACUUUUGUUCAAACACAUACUUCACUUCUUUGCUGGAUCUAACCUUGGCACACUUUGCGCAAGGCGGAUGCACUUUUAUGGAUGAGAAAGGCUUGAGCCACAGACUUUGAUCACUAUGUAGAUCACCAACAAUUGCAGAAUAAAGACUCCGUCUUUUGCGGACCGACUUUCAAUAA